AUGAAAACACGUGGUGUCUCCUCCACCCCGAAGUCCAGGUCCUCCUCGAUUUCCGGGAAGACCGGGGCCGGUAGGGCUGUGGCCUCAGCCAAGAGCGACGGGAGAUUGAAAGGGACAAGGGAAGCUGGGAAACAGCAUCUGUAUGCUAGGGCUGUAGGCACUCUAAAGAAGAGCGCCUCCGUUGCAAGUAAAAGCAAGAAGGCUGAAACUGCAACUGCUUUAAGAAAAAAAGAUUCAUCAGAUCAUGAAGAAUCACCCAUUGUUGGAGAUGAAGAAGAUGCAGGGAUGCCAGAUCAAGAACUGGACAGCAGCAAUGAACAAACUCAAGGAGAAAUAGAUGAUACGGUCUCAGAGCAGAGCGAUGCCAGCAUUGGGGAGGCCGUAAGCCCCGCAAUUUGUGAAGAAAGUGAUGACAAUGUGCCUAAGCAUGAGUCUCCUACACUUUUAGGACAAGAUGAUGCUGAUGCUGUGAAUGAUGCUGAUGCUGGCAAGGCUGAAUCUCCGGUGAGCUCAGAACAACGUGUUGAAUGUCCGGCAGAUUCAGAACAGGCCAGCGGAAACAGCAGCCAGCAGAAAGAAGUUGAAGUAGUUGCGGAAGACGGAGAAGCAGCACCAAGGCUGUCUCAAGAAAAGAAGGACACGGCACUCUCCAACAAUGUGACUGAAGAGAUGAAGCGCGAGCAGAGGCGAGACAAGUUCAGAGCACUCGCUGGAGCGUUUGAAACUGCCAUAGCCCGGCAGGAGCAUAAGUAG